ACACAGAUCCUUUUCCUUCUACAUACAUCCUACAUAGAUUAUCCCUUUAAUUUUACUUUUAUAGCUCCUGUACGUAUUUUCUCACAGAUUCUCCACGGACCAGAUUGUUCUACUUUCAGAUUUUCAAGGACGGAUCUUUGCUUUCUCAUCUGGGUGUUGCACUUUUGUGUUUGGAAAGUAAAGUUGCUUCAGCGGCACAGACGAACACUGUUACGACUUAAAGAUGUCUGACAAAAAAAGAAAGAUGAAGAAUGUCCAAAUGGAGAAAAAUCUUAGACGUCGUAUUGCCUAUAAAGAAAUGCCGCCUGACCAAAAGGCAGCACUUCUAGAACGGCGUCGGGUAGAAUAUGCUGCGAGAAGACAUACUCUCUUAGAAAAUUCUACUCCUAACUGUUCUACUCCGAAAAGCAUGAUUUCAGGAGAAUCUGCUCUGGGACAACCUGCUCUGUUCAUUCAAGAGACACCUUCUUCUUCUCGAAUUGAUUGGUUAAAUCAAACUUCGUUUUUACUUCGCCGCUCUAUUUAUGUUAGAUCUUACAAAAUUAAAAUAUUUCAGGCCGCAAAUCAACACAGGUAGGUUGUUGGAAUAUCAAUCCACUACCUUCCUAUCCUACUAUUUUAAAAAAGGUCCCAAAUUGUAGAUUCUGCAAAGCCAAAAGAUUUCAAUAUGAAACCCCAAGCUUUUGCUGUAGUAAUGGUUCAGUAAAAUUAUUUUCACAGCAACUACCUCCUGAAUUAAAAAGUUUCUACUAUGGAAACUCCGAUGAAUCCAAUCAUUUCCGUACUUAUAUUAGAACAUACAAUAAUAUAUUUGCAUUCACUUCACUUGGAGUAAAGUACGAUAAGGAAUUGGCACAAGGAACUCAAGGAAUCUACACAUUUAAAGUUCAAGGACAAAUGUAUCAUUUUCUUAAUAGCCUCACUACUACAGCUAACAAUGCAAGAAAUUUACAACUUUAUUUUUACGAUAAUGAGAAUGAUAUAGUUGAUAAAAUGGCCUUUUCAGAAAACCUCAAUAGAUCUGUUAUUGCGAAAUUAGUCGAUAUUCUAAAAAUUAAUCCAUACUCCGUUUUUCUAAAAUCUCUAACACAUAUUCCAUAUUUAUCCAACUUCUACAUCGCACUUAAAUGUGAUUCUGCUUUGGACCAACGAACAUACAACUUACCCAAUGUUUCAGAAGUUGCAGCUAUAUGGACUGAUGAAGAAUUAGACAGUCCUGCUUCUACACCACAUAUUCGUGUUUACACACAUAGCAACACUAACCAACUGGUUCACUAUUACAGUAUCCUUUGUUGUUUCCCUAUGGUGAAAAUGGUUGGCAUUGUGGUAUUCAAAGAGUUAUACAAAAAGCAAACUUCCCUAGAAAUUCUUCUUCUUGCAAACAUCAGAACAUUCCAAGUGUAUCCAACAUGUCUUCAAUUGAUGGAUUUCUUGAUAUUGAACAAGUAAUUUUGCAGAAAGAAAGACAAAAAAAAGAACACUGUAUCUUGUCGUGAAUAUUACUAUUCAAAUUAGAGAUGAUGAAGAAAAUGAUACUUUACAUUCUGGGAGAGUAUUCCAACAGUUUUCUGUAGAUCAAUACAUAAAAGUGGAAACACAAAGAUUAGACUUCUUGUUAUUCAAUCAAGAUUAAUUUCGAAUUGAAGUAUUAGCAGGACUUAUUGAUCUUUUAAGACUAGGAGAAAGAGAGGCUUCAAAUAUUGGCAGAAAAACAUUCCUUCCUGCUAGCUUUACUGGGGGUCCUAGAGAUAUGCGACGUCGAUACAUGGAUGCCAUUGCAUUAGUACAACACUUUGGAAAACCCGAUAUGUUUUUGGCCAUGACAUGUAAUCCUUCAUGGCCAGAAAUAGAAGAUUUCUUACUACCAACUGAUGAAAUACAAAAUAGACCCGAUUUAAUAAGCCGAGUAUUUAAAGCAAAACUAGAAGAACUAAAAUCUGAUAUAGUUAAAACAAGUAUAUUCGAAAAAGUUGCUGCUUUUAUGUACUCUAUAGAAUUUCAAAAAAGAGGUCUUCCUCAUGCACAUUUCCUUAUUAUACUUGAAGAUGAGUAUAAAUUAUUGACACCUGAGGCUUAUGAUAGAAUUGUUUGUGCUGAACUACCAAAUUCUGAUACAAAUCAAUAUUUACAUUCUUUGGUUAUUAAGCAUAUGAUGCAUGGACCUUGUGGAACUUUAAAUCCUACAAAUUCGUGCAUGAAGAAAAAGGGAUAUUGUAAAUUUAAAUACCCCAAAAGUUAUGCCAAUGAAACAUCUAAAGGUCAGAAUUCAUAUCCAAUAUAUAGGAGACGAGAUACUGGAAAAUUUGUAAAAAUUAGAGCCCAAUAUCUUGACAAUUCAUGGGUAGUUCCUUACAAUCCAUAUCUACUAAGCAAGUUUAAUUGUCACAUAAAUGUUGAAGUUUGUGCAGAUAUUAAAGUUGUUAAAUAUAUCUAUAAAUACAUUUGUAAAGGGCAAGAUAAAAUUGCUUUCAAUAUACAAAGUAAUGACACUAAUAAUACAGACAUAGAUGAAAUAAAGGAAUAUAGAUCAGGCAGAUGGGUAUCACCUCCAGAAACUAUGUGGCGUUUGUUUGCGUUUCAUAUCAAUGAGAUGAAUCCCAAUGUAUACCAACUUCAGCUACAUCUUAAAAAUCAACAAUUUGUCUCCUUUAAAACGACUACAAAUCUAAAUUCAAUACUUAAAAAUCCUACAAAUCGAAGACCAAUGUUGACAAAAAAAAAUUCAAUGAACGAAAAAAAUAAACAUGCCAUAGAACUUAACUUAUUGUACAAAGAAUUCCCAGAACAUUUUGUUUGGUCAAUGACUGAUAAAAUGUGGUCACGUCGAAGACAAGGUUAUGUUAUUGGACGUAUUAUUAGUUGUCAUCCAAUAGAAGGAGAAAGAUACUACCUUCGACUAUUAUUGAUGAACAUACGAGGACCAAAAUCAUAUGAAGAUCUCAAGACUGUAAAUGGAAAAUCCUAUAAGACAUUUAGAGAAUCUGUAGAAAAAAAGAGGAUUGUUAGCUUCUGAUAAUAACUUAAUUGAAUGGAUGUUAGAAGCUGCAAAUUACCAAAUGCCUUAUAGUCUACGACGUUUAUUUGCUACACUAUUAGUAUAUUGUAGUCCUGCUAAUCCAAAAGAAUUAUGGGAAAGAUUUGAAAGCUCCAUGUCUGAAGACUUUACAGCUAUGCCAAACAUACAAACAAAAAACAUUCGUUAUUUAGUUCUAAGCCACAUAAAUGAUAUAUUUCAUUCAAUGGGAUGGAAUAUCAAUGAAUUUAAACUCACAUCAGAAAAUAUUACAUCUUCUAGAAUAAUGCAAGAGGCUAGAGACACCCAUUUAGAAAGAAACAUAAUUGUAACUGAAGAAGAUUUAUUACUAUAUAAAAAACUAAAUAAAGAACAAGAACAAGCGUACAUCACCAUACUUAAUAAAAUAUUCUCAAAUGAACCAGGAGCAUUCUUUAU